CUCCGUGUGCCAACGUUGCUCACAUUUCUGCUUCUUUCCACGGCAGAGCUGAUGAUGGGUGGCUUUGUUCACAGUGCCGCGGUGAUGGUUGCGGCGGCGACGCUAUACCUGAAUGGAGAAGUGAUGGCACAGCUGACGGACCUGCCUCUGUGCCGAGGCAACCCCGUGUACUCGUACACCUCGGCGCAAAAUGUGUUUCCCGAAUUGAAGAACGCGAUUCAAAAGGUCAGCCAGAACCAAGUGGUCACGUGGUGGACAGACAACAACCCGGACUACUACAAGGAAAUGCAGAAGCUCCUGAACAACUGCAACUCGUCCACGGUUCCCACCAUUGCCGUGUACGGUCUCCCCAACAAGGAUUGCAAAGCCGGCUUCAGUAACAAAGGCGCGAACAAGGACGCGGACAUGUACGUGGCGUUCAUCAAGGAACUGGCGUCGUUGGUAGGUACCCGUCCCGUGAACUACAUCAUGGAGCCGGAUGGGGUCGGCCUGGCCCUCGACGCCCCCUGCGGGAAAACCGCGGGGUACCUGGACAACAUGAUGACAGCAAUUCCCAUGUUGACCGACGACAACUUGAACGCAAGCUUGUACAUUGACGUCGGGUACUGGUCGUUGAAAACGGACGAAUUGACGUCCGAAGUUGUGCAAGCCGUCAAGCAGCUGGCGUCCAAGGGCGGCAACGUGCGCGGGAUCGCCUUGGGCACGUCCAACUACCGCAAGACGUCCGAGAUGAGCGACAUGUGCGCCAAGUUCGUCAAAGCUUCCAACAAGGAAUACAAGUGUGUGAUCGACACGUCGCGCAACUACUUGGGCCCGAAGGAUGGCACGGGUGAAUGGUGCAACAGCCGGUACGCGGCGAUCGGGGUGCCGCCGACGUCCAAGACCGGGAACGACUUGAUUGAUUACUUUUUAUGGAUCAAAGCGCCCGGUGAGAGCGACGGUCCGUGCAACACGCCCGACAUCACGGCCGACGCGCUCAAGAACGGCCCCGCCGCCGGCAUGUUCUUUGAGAAAGCGUUUAGUCUGAUGUGGGACCGCGGCUACUUUGUCGACAAGAAGCUCGGCGACAAGCUGGGCCGGUACACGCUGGACGUGGACCAGAUCCAGGAGGGCGGCGGCGUCAGCUACGUGGCCCUCGCCAUCGUCGGAGCCAUCUGCUUGGUGCUCGUGAUCGGCAUCGUGUUCAUGAAGCGCCGCCAUGACGCCAAGCAAGGCCGCGCCCGCACCAACCACCGCCAAGUAGACGCCGAAGCGGCGGUGCGCAAACCGUAUUUGUCCCUUUAACACUAAUAUGCACUACUAUAAAACUCA